GGAACGAGGAACGAGGAAACAACUUCACAGAGCUCGCACAUUUCCACGAAGGACGAAUUUGAGGCUACAAGAUGACAACUCGAAAAAGACCUCGAUUAUCUCAGUCGGGAUUCGUGAACAGCUGGCCGAGAGAAAAAUCCAUCACUCAGUGUCUGAGAUACUCUCUUGAAAAUAAAGUUCUUACUGACGUGACGUUCAAGGUGGGGCGAGAACAGAAUAUCGUCCAGGCUCACAGACUGAUUCUCAGCAUCCGGAGCUGCGUGUUUGAGGCCAUGUUCAACGGACCAUUGGCAGAGCAGGAUGAAAUCGUCAUUCCGGAUGUGGAACUUGACCUCUUUGAAAAAUUCCUGAAAUAUCUCUAUACUGAUGACGUCACCAUGGAUUUUGCCAAUGCAACCGGUUUGCUGUACCUGUCGAAGAAAUAUGACGUGAAAACCCUGGAACAGCUGUGUCUGACGUAUUUGUCGUCAUCAAUGAAGUCAGACAACGCAUGCCUAAUUAUGGAACAUGCUCACUUUUAUGAGGAGAAGAACCUGAAAGAAGAAACUCUGACGUAUAUUUUGGAAAAUGGUGACGCAGCUCUGAAAUCGGCAGGAGUUGCCUACCUUUGUCGUGAAUGCUUGGUUGAGAUUAUACAAGCAGAAGAACUGAACGCUGAUGAGAAAUCUGUCUUUGAAUCAGUUGUGACUUGGAGCAAGAGAGCGUGCAAGAAACAGAACAAACAAUUAACUCCAGAUAACAGACGUGAAGUGCUUGGGGAAGCCAUGAAACACGUGCGGUUUCCCUUACUUGAUCAGAAAUAUUUCGUGAAAAAUGUAGUACCAAUGAACGUGCUGACUGACGCAGAAAGACUCAAGAUCUUCACCUACUGGGUGUGUCCUGAUGAAGACAUUUCACCAUUCAGUGCCGACCAGCGCCUGGGGGUGAUUUGGCAAGACAAAAUUGUCAUAGGGCGUCUCACCCUCAGCACUCUUUAUCGGAUUCCUUGUUCUGGUAACCAUGACGAUGGGAUCAUGUUUUCUGUCAGUCAAAAUGUGUCGCUGCUAGGAUUUCAGCUGUACGGUGCUCUUGACAAUACUACUCAAAGCUAUGACAUCAGAGCCUUCAUAACGGACCCGACAACAGAUGACAUAAUCGAUGGUUCGUCAGUCACAAAGACAGUCCUGGCUAAGACACCAACAUAUGACGUGGGGUUUCCUCGUCCCAUAAGACUGACCCAGAAUAAGAAAUACAACCUCAUUGUUAACAUCAACGGUCCUGACUCGUACUAUGGGGACUUUGGCAGAUCUGCAGCACGAUUUGACGCCUUUGGGAACUCCCACAGAUGUAUGAUACCCACCAAGUGCUCGUUUUUCGACUACCAGAAAUCUAAACAUAGUAACAGAGAUAACCCCUAUACAGGCGUGAAACGAGGACAGAUACCAGGGCUGAUUUUCUUAGCAUGAGAUCUUAUAACUGGCAGCAGUACAGUAAACACUGAGUUGACCAACCUAAGUGUCCAAGCCACAAUAAUGGUUGCCCCAUCCGUAUAGUGGCUGUGUGCUUCUGGAUUGGGGAUGACCCUGUUAUUGACUAAGUUGCAUGGCAACUGGAAAUUGAAUAUGUACGAGCGAUGUACUUCGAUCAACUUACAUGCAGUAACAGAUAUGGCUAUCACGUCUUCGAUUUCAAUACAGUAAGAUGGUUUGGUGGGGGGUGGGGGUGAGAGAGGGAAGACAUUGGUUUUACUAUUUGUGACUAUUAAAAUGUAUUCUAUUGUCAAUUAAAAUUGACCAUUACCCUAAACACCGACUUGAAGGUUCUCCAUUUUACUAAUUGUUGUUCAGGAUAAUUAAUAAAUAAAUAGCUCUUGA